AUGCAUAUCAUGAGUAGUUACUCUUUCUUCCAUGAUCCAGACCUAGAAAUGUUACAACAAGAUCCUGCUAAUAAUAUUCAUCAUGUUCAUCGUGACCCUACUCAUGAUUAUCUUUCCUUUGAUAUGGUUGACCAAGUACCAACAAAAAGUGAGUCAAAUCAACCUAAAGAAAGAUCAUACAUAGGUGUAAGGAAAAGACCUUGGGGGAAAUUUGCUGCAGAGAUCAGAGAUACAACAAGAGGAGGAAGAAGGGUUUGGCUUGGAACUUUUGAUAGUGCUGAAGAUGCUGCUUUAGCUUAUGAUCAAGCUGCAUUUUCAAUGAGAGAAAAGGAUCUUCACCUGCACUUGCACUCAAGGAGAGACACUAUAACCAAAGAAAGUUGUCAUCAAAAGGUGUAA